AUUCAUAAGCAUCCAAGCCCCUAAAAAAUGUAGUGCCAAGGACCAUGAAUCGGUCAGAAUACUAUAAUUUGAAUUGCAUAUCUUCUUAGAUAUGUUGUUAUUAUGAAACAUAAGCAUAAAUAAAGUCCCUAACAAACAUGAAAAAUAUAAGUAGUGUACCCCACAGUUGUUCCUUGAGAACCUUCAAACUUGCUAGGUGAGGAAAUGAACUCAAACUGAACUAUGGGUUCCCUAACAAGUCCCAAGCUUCCUGUUAUAGACUUCUCUGAGGAAAACUUAAAACCGGGUACAGAAUAUUGGUCAUCAAUACGCAGCGAAGCCGUGCGUGCUCUUGAAGAGUAUGGCUGUUUCAUAGCAACAUAUGACAAUAAAGUCCCCUUGGAUCUUCACAAUGCAAUUUUUCGUGCAUCGAAAGAAUUGUUUGAUCUCCCCACAGAAACCAAAAUGACAAAUAUUUGCAAAACACCUUCCCAUGGAUAUGUAGGGCAAGAACCCCUUGUUCCUCUCUAUGAAGGUUUGGGAAUCGAAAAUGCAACAACUUUUGAAGGAGCUCAAAAAUUCACCAACCAGAUGUGGCCCUCGGGAAAUGAUUUUUUCUGUGAAACCGCACUCUUGUUCUCAAGGCUUUUGGCAGAGCUUGAUCAAAUGGUGAUGAGAAUGGUGUCUGAAAGUUAUGGUAUAGAGAAUGAUUAUGAGAAUCUCCUUGGAGCGACCUCUUAUCUUCUUCGGUUUAUAAAAUAUCAAGGACCCCAAAUGAAUGAGAAAAAGUUGGGGCUCAUCCCUCACACAGAUAAAAGCUUUAUGUCAAUUCUCCAUCAGCGGCAAGUCAAGGGUCUGGAGAUCAAAAUGAAAGAGGACGAGUGGAUUCUUAUUGAUCCGUCACCUUCAUCUUUCAUUGUCAUGGCAGGUGAUGUAUGCAUGGCAUGGACCAAUGGAAGAAUAGAACCUCCUUUUCAUAGGGUCAUUAUGCAAGGGAAUGAAGAAAGAUACUCCCUCGGGUUCUUUACCUUCAUCAGGGAUCUCAUCGUACAGACACCAAAAGAGCUAGUCGAUGACAAACACCCUUUACAAUAUAAGCCGUUCGAUCACUACAAAUUUAUCGAUUUCUAUUACACAGAUGAAGGAAAGAGAUCAAAGUGUUCAAUUAAAGCUUACUGCGGCGUUUGAGACCACCUCCUAUGGUCUAAAAUAAUUCUGCUGUAUUUCUAUAUGCAUUUAUCUUUAUGGCUUUUUGUUGGGACAUGACUUGUUAUGCAUGAUUGUGUGCUUGUUUACUGAAUGUAAAAUUCAUAGCUAGGUAUGGUUGCUGAAUAUCAAGUCCAAAUCUACCACCAAGUAUUCCUUAA